AUUGAACACCGACAGACUCACUGAGCGGAGGAAAGAAACUCCACGCGUUAAGAUCGACAUCACAAGGGCAUCAAAUCCUCUGCGGGAAACUGAGUAAAACGUUUCACCAGCGCCGAAAACACAGACGCUCUGUUAGAUUGAGGGAGAUACACAACAGCGACUGACGUGCACUCUCCUGAGCUGAAUGAAGGCGGUGCAAUGGAGGAAUAAGUGAAGGACUGUGAAAUAAGAGCGGCGAAAGAAUGAAGACAACUGGAAAGCGAACACGUCUUGUCAUCAGCUGUUGUUGUUUCAAUUAAUACAUCCCAAUCGGACAGCAUGAUCGACAGGAGCCUGCAAAUAUUGGUGUUCCUCUGUUUUUUAAGAGGAGCCUAUGCGACGAAGAUCAUUCGGAGAAGGGGAGUGAGCUCGACUCACGUUCAGCAUAUAGCAAAUGGAGUCACUGACCAAUGGGAUACAAGUUUGGAGAGGAACGUAAACGCAAUGGCAAGACUCAAAGAACUGAUUGGUCCGGAAGAAGAAAAAGAGCGGAUCUCAGCUCACCAGAGCCAUGGAGCUUCUCCGGUGUUCACCAAGGAAAGCUUUGUUGGUUUUAAUUCCAAACCACCUGCACAAAUAAAUGAAGACAUGGAUCAAUUGGAUAUAAAAGUAGUACAAGCGCCUAUUGAUGACAUUUUAGAGUUAAAAAGGAGCAGGAAUUACACAAAGAAAGGUGCAAGGGUUGACAAAUGGAUCCCGGUGCACCACAGGACAACCUCUGGCUUGCAUUUCAACAGAACCAGAAUCAAAAUCCCUUCAAGAUCCAGAUCGACUUCAAAUGUUGCCGUUCACACUACAGUGGGAACAAAGGUAGUCACUCCAGAUUCACCUCGGAAACUGAAUCUGACCGGAAGCCUGUUAAAAGUGAUAUCCAAAGAAAACCUUGUGCGUAUUGUGAAUUCCCAGCUUCAGAGUGUGCCAGGUCUGAAUAUCCCAGGUAAAAUGGGUCACAGCAGAAAAAGAGAUUUGAUCAAUAUGGAUCACAGUCAGAUGGAUGCGCUCAAAAUGAAAAAACAAGACCAUGCAGGCAAUCCUGAACUUUCUAAGCCAGACAACCAGACUGCAGAGCUACGUUUAAGCUCUUUCACUAAUGCCAGUCUAAAUCCAGAACAGACCGUUCACACGCUCUUUAAACAAUUCGGCGGGUUCAGUAUGGAUCUAAAUGAGGAGGACAGAAAAGCAGAGGUGAAAAGUGCAGCAGGCACCGCGUCCUGGAAGUACAAACACUUCACGACUCACGUAGCUUCAACUCCCCAAAGCGAGAUCAUGACCAGCACCGAGACCAAUCCGCUAGCUGGUCAAAGUGAUACGGGCAUAUCACACACUCCGUCUCAGCUUGACUCGGGACAUCGACCUGACACUUUCAGCUCACUGACUGAAAGGAGUCUUGACGUUAAAGGGGAAUCAGAUCAGAGUGUUCAUAUGGCAGUCGGUGUCACUCAGAAUCCACAGAUUAAAAUUUCAGAGCCCAUUGACAGCAGUCACAUCCUAAAACUUCCACCCGAUCCGGAAUGGGGAAAGAAGGAGUUGGAGGAGAGCAGAGAGAUGACUGUUGAGUCUCACCCCAGUAGAGGUGGAAGGGGCCUUGUUUUUCAGGAAAUGGAAGAGGAUGAAGAUGAAGAUGAGGCGUGGAGUCAACCGAAAGGGGAAAUCUCUCGAUCUAGAAGUCGACGAAGUUGGAUCUGGAACCAGUUCUUUGUCAUUGAGGAGUAUGCAGGUCCGGAACCAGUCCUCAUCGGAAGACUUCACACUGACAUGGACAGAGGUGAUGGACGCACUAAGUACGUGCUGCGGGGCGAGGGGGCGGGGUCAGUGUUCGUGAUUGACGAGAAGACUGGCAACAUCCACGUAACCAAGCCCUUGGACCGGGAGGAGAAGGACGAAUACCGACUGAUUGCCACAGCAACAGACAGUCAGACAGAGCGAGCCCUGGAGCCCUCCUCCCAGUUCAUCAUUAGAGUGCAAGAUAUCAACGACAACCCACCUGUCUUCGAGGACGGACCCUACAGCGCCACAGUCCCCGAGAUGGCCAAUAUAGGGACGUCCAUCAUCCAGGUGACGGCUUCAGAUGCAGACGAUCCCACGUAUGGGAACAGCGCACGGCUGGUGUAUACCUUAGUUCAGGGACAGCCACACUUCUCUGUGGAUCCUCAGACAGGCAUCCUGCGCACUGCCGUUCCAGAUCUGGAUAGAGAAGCGCAGGAUCAGUAUCUGGUGGUUCUGCAAGCUAAAGACAUGGGUGGCCAUCUUGGCGGCCUGUCAGGAACGACUACGGUUACUGUACGAUUGACGGAUGUCAACGACAACCCUCCGCGCUUUGUGCAGAGUUCCUGGCUGUUCUCUGUGUCUGAGUUGGCAGUGCCAGGGGCGGAGGUGGGUCGGAUCUCAGCAACAGAUGCUGACUUGGGUGAGAACGCCAAACUGGAGUACACCAUACUAGACGGAGAAUCAGGAGACACCUUUAACAUCUCUGGGGCCAACCAGGAGGCCGUGAUCAUUCUAAACAAGGCAGUGGACUAUGAGAGCCGCAGCUCUUACUCUUUCUCAGUGGAGGUGUUGAACCCCAUCGUGGAUCCUCGAUUCCUUCGUCGUGGGCCAUUUAAGGACAGAGCCUCCAUUAGAGUAGCUGUGUUGGAUGCGGAUGAGCCUCCUCGAUUCUCACGCACUCGAUACCGCAUGGACGUGUCUGAAAACUGUCCACCGGCCUGCACAGUGGGCCGCAUCAGUGCUGUGGAUCCAGACACGGGGCUCACAAACAACAUCAGGUUCUCCAUCGAUCCUCAGUCUGACCCAGAAGCUCUGUUUCGCAUCACUCCAGACACAGGACUCAUCACUACAGUCACAGAGCUGGACCGUGAGCAUGAGCAGUGGCACAAUAUCACCAUCAUUGCCACACAGAGAGAUAACCCCAGCCAGGUGUCCAGAGUGGUGGUUGCAGUAGAAACGCUGGAUUUAAAUGACAACGCUCCAGAGCUGGACAGGCAAUACAGCACUGCAAUGUGCGACUCUGCUUCCACCGGACAGGUGGUGCAGGUGUUGCGGGCGAUUGAUAGAGACGAGGGGGGAAAUGACAGCGCCGUCCAUUUCAACAUCCCUCCGGACUCCAACGCUGCCCUCAACUUCAGCAUCAGGGAGAGUGGAGGCCCUACUGCUAGCUUGGUGCUGGCAUCACCUUUGCAGACUCUGUCUCGCUCUACUUCAUCCUCAAUCACCCUUUAUGUCCCGCUGGUAUUAAGAGAUGGGCUUUCUGGUUUGACCAGCACGGGGACGGUGACGGUGUCUGUGUGUCCAUGUCUGAGAGGAGGAGCACGGGCUGGAGAGAAGGAGAAGCAGAGUGAGGCGGAGUGGGACCGGGAGACGGUUUGUUUGCCCCAGCACUCCUCCUUACCCUCUCCUGGACUCAGUACUGCCGCCUUGCUGGCCAUUUUAGCCUGUGUGGCCACUCUUUUGGCUGUCAGUGCUCUGUCUUUGUCUCUGCGCCGGCAGAAACGGGACUCACUCUCACCUUUAGAAGAGGAUGAUGUUAGAGAGAACAUCAUCACAUAUGACGAUGAAGGCGGUGGUGAGGCGGACACGGCUGCGUUUGAUAUCACAGCUCUUCAGAGUGCCCCGCACAGCACACGCAGAGGGUAUCGCACGCUGGACAGCAGGAACAUACGUUAUUCACAACAUGUUCAGGAGAAGGCUCGAGCCUAUAGCAGCUGGGCUCAGGCUGGAGCUCUGGAUCCCGGGCAGUACGCCAGUCAAGGGGCUCCUCUAUAUGGGCGCUUCUGCUACAGCAGCCACACCCUGCCAGUGCUGCGCCGCUCACAGGGCCCCUACGAGCCUGGCUUAACCGAACUGGCCUACCGUCUCCCUGGGAAUCAACCGGACCACUCUCUAGUCAUUCAAAACCAGGCGGCAGUAGUCGGCCCUCUGGAGCCAGGAGCCAUUUACAUGCCAAACGCAGAGGCCGGUCUCAGCUCUAAAGAAGGGACAGUGUCUCAGGAUGGAGCAACCACAUCUGACGGAGGAACGCCAAGGAAAAACGAGCCAAAGGACGACGUAAGCAGUGAUGCCCAGCAGAGUCAGAGCCAAGGCCAGGAUCUGGAUUGGGUCCAGCCGGACAUGGGCCCUCGUGACAGAGAGCUGGUUUUGACCCGUUCUGGCUCGAUCGCUGGGCCAGGCACAACCAGCGGGUGGGUAUGCGACUCCGCCACGCUCCCCAGAGCAGGACGCCACUCCUCACGGGGCAGUAUAUCCAUAAAUAGGACCACCGCUCCACCUUCUGAGUCUAACCACAAUGGGUUGGCAGACACAGCUAACGGGAGCAACGAAAUGCAGUCUGUCAGUGCCAAUUACGCAACCAUCCUCCAGGGGGAGCAACAGAGGGACUACCCGGGAACUUUGGGACGGGGCGGGCUGGAGAUGGGCAGUGGGUUCGUGGUGGGCCGACCAGAGAGAGAAGCCAGCAUUCCACUAAGCACUGGGAUGUAUCCAGAAGGUGGCGGGUUCAUAGGAGACUGGCACGAAAGGGUGGGGAUAACUGGGUAUCCAUUAGGAAGGAGGGAUAUGACGCCUCAGCUCCUUCCAUAUCCCGGUCAAGGCAGGGGGGCAUUUGGGAGCAUUUUAGGGUAUGGUGGAGCAUGGCCCUCAGCACCUGAUGCAUCAGGAAGAGGAGCACCAGUCGGAGGAGCCCAAUCUCUUGCCCUAAGGGUUGGCGAGUUCCUGCGUUUGCGAUUGGCGCAGGUGACCUUUGAUCCCUCCCAGCCACCAUACGACUCAGUGCAGGUGUACGGGCUAGAGGGCACAGGCUCCCGCGCCGGGUCUCUCAGCUCCCUGGACAGCGAGGGUGGCAAAGAUGCCGAGAAAGACGUCUGGGGAGCAGGUCUAGAAGAUUGGGGCCCACAGUUCCAGAAAUUAGCCCAGCUUUUUAGGGAAAGGGAGAAGGAGAGUGGAGAAGAUAAAGAAGGAGAUGUGGAGGCCAGCAAAAAGCACAAGGAAAGCGAAUGGGAAGAGAAAGACGAGCAGUCUGGAGACGAGGAGCAGGCCAAUGUCUGAGAGAAAGAGAAAGAGAGCAGGAGAGGGGCUGGGUGGGACAGUGAUUAAAAGGAAACAAGAGCCGGAAUAAUGAAAAGUGAAGGCUAAGGAGGGAGAGACGAAGAGGAAAGGUAAUAAGGGAAGACAAGGAAAAAUGAACAGAGAGAGCAAAGGCAGUGGAGAGAGUGAUUGAUGCAAUUUGAAGCAAUAAGUGCGGAAAAGCUGAAGUGUGAGCACAGUGUUUCUUUAGCCAGCAUUUAACAUUCCUUGAGUGUGUUUGGCGGUGAGCGAAAAACAAAGUUCACUGUAUACCAGAUUACAUUUAAUUACGACAGAAAAAGAGAGAAAUUUGAACUUUUGGAUAGUUGUGACGAGCUAGACAAUGGUGCCACAUGGGGAGGAGUGAGAAACGCUAGGCCGGAAUAACACAGAUGAAAAGCUACGGCAACACAUGAGGGAGUUGGGAAAUUAAUAUUUGUACAGAAAUUGUUUAUACAUUCACAAAAGCAAGAGAACUGAAUUAUUCAAAAGAACGCACUGAAUAUUACAGUAAAGUCCUGAAUAAGUGUCUGCACAAAGAUUCUUGGUGUUUACACAUACACACAGACAAAACAAACACACACCAGUUUUAAACCCUGCUUGGAAAUUCUGCUUCGCGGAUGUCUACUUGUCAGGGUUCAAAAUGACUCACAUAUUUUGCCAAGAACAGAUUGUAUACAAAGUUGUCCAAGAAAAGAAAAAAAGUCACAAAAUUCAAAUGUAGUGAUGCUAAAAUUGUGCAAAGCAUAUGCACAAUCAUUGUCAAAAAAAAUCCCACAUACAAAACAGAAGGUGAUUUAUGAGAGCUGACAAAUCUGCUUCAGCUAGAAUGCACUUUUAUACAUGAUGUUCGAAAUAGAUUACAAACGUUGUUGUUGUUUUUUUAUUGGAAAGAAAUCAAAAUAUAUAUAUAAAAAAAGCUGUUCUAUGUAAAUGCAUUUAAAUGUAAAUAUCACUGGAUGCCAUUGUGAAAAAGUGACAACAGUACUGUAGUCUGUAAGUAACAAAAAAUAAUAAUAGAAUAAUGCAAUGAAAACGGAGGACAAUAUUCUAUAUUAUUCCACAGCCACACGGCCACUGGAUUAGACUGGAAGAGACUAGAUUGACUGAUGCAGAUUAAUAUCUGCCAGUACAAUGUCGGAUUCAGAUGUGUCACUCUGCCCAAAUGGAACUUUUUAUUUUUUUGGAUUGAAGGCAAAAGCUCUAAAUAAAUGUAUGUGAAGUCCUUUUUUUGGUUGAGCACACAUUUUGCUCAUGGACUCAUUUGACUGGACUGAGCCACUAUACACUAAUACCAGGGGGCAUCAUGCAGUACAAACUCACACCUUAUCAAACAGCCCAACAGAUGCCAUGCUCUGUCAGAAAUAUGAGCCUAAAGUGAUUAUAACUGAUCAAUGUCACUACUGAUGCAUUGUAAAGGGUAUAUUUACAGAAUGGCAACCCCCCCACCCCACCCCUGGAGUGUAUUAGAUCAAACACUGUGUCUGCACUGGUUGAGAGUGGUGCGAUGUAUUUGACAAAACCAAAAAGAGUCGCUGCAUUUAUAUGGGCACUUUUUGCUUCUUUUUAUGUCUGAUCAAAGAUUCCAGACAGUGUUAAUGACAAUGAUAACAUGAUUAAACCAGCAGGUAAGCUGUAUGUUUAUGUAGUGUGUGAAUGUGGAUUAACAAAUUUGAAGCUGGAUUUGAUCUUUUGAAAUUAUUACAUAAAUAUACAGAUUACAUGCUGGUUUAUGAUGCACAUACUACUGCUUUUUUCUUCGAUUUUAAAAAAGCAUACCAAGCAUUGACUGAUGGGACAACAUUGUUCUAUUCCAACGUCAUUGCAGAUUUUUUUACAGAUUUAAACUUCCCCUAACAAUCCCCAAUUUGUGCAGUUCAUUCUGAUUGAAGUAGUUACAAGUGAUUUUUAAAAUUAUUAUUCAGGGCUGCAAGUCCAAUUACAAACUAAUUAUUUUAAUCCAUGUAAACCCAGCUAGUGAUAUGGUCUAAAGUGGAUUCCGUGUAACCGUUAAUUCCAAAAACAGUACCAAUAGAUGUGAUUUUUUUUUUGCUUUAACUCUUCAGUAUCGCCAUCCCUGCGGACCAGUGUAGACAUGGUGUUACUCUUUUAAAGAUUAGUUCACCCAAAAAUAAUUAAUCACCCUUAUGUCAUUCCAAUCUCCUGAGAUCUUGGUUCAUCUUCACAAAUGACGAUAUUUUAGAUUAAGUCUGAGAUCUCUCUGGUCCUCCUUUGACAGCAAGGUUCAUAAGAUGUGGGACUAAACUGUAGUCAUACCAAGCUCCAAGAACACUUUUGUGGCUUAGUUUGCCGAGGCUUUGUUUUCUCCUUUGGUCGCAUCAAGUUCUGGUGCAUGUUUACUAUAUCCCCUUUCACACAGUGAUUACUGUAAAUAUCCGGCAAAUUUCCGGAAUGACUUUACCGAUAAAUUCAAAUUAGCGCUGUUCACACAGGCAAGGACGUUUUUUUUGGAAAAGGCCAUUCACCCAUCCAUUCCAAAAUACCAGUAAAUUCUGACAUCAUUAAUCAGAAAUGAGCUCUAAACGACUGCGCUAGUAUUUGUAAACAUAGACGCGGUCAGGCUUUUGUUGAUGGUUUCACUUUUAUUUAAAACUUUAGCAUUUAUGCAGCUGCUUUUGUCCCAUCCAAAGGCAGAAGCGCGAACCAAAGCUAAAUGUCGACACAUUUGACUAUAUUACAAUCUCUGAGGAUGGAUAAGUAUCGUGAACAACUUUGAUGAAAACAUAUGGAGGAACACUUUUGCAUGUCGAGAUGUUCAUAAUAUGUGUGUGUGCGGGCACUCACUGGAGCACUUCUUCACGUGCACACAGAGCUUAAAGGUAAACUAACAGUGGUUUAUCAUAAACAUUUUAUCAAUAAUUUUUCACACAGUUGCCAUUAAGAAGUAACAUAGAAACGUUAUCUGAUUAACAUCUAGCAGCUAAAUGGGUCUGGAAAAACAUUCAAAGGCUUUUAUUUUCAUAAACAGCGCAGAUGUGAAUGCCUCUGAAUGUUCUGAUUUGUUAGAGUAGACGUCUCACGUCAGUGCGUUCUAAACGUGAACGGAAAGAGCGCAGAGAGCUCCAGGAUUUCAUCUUAACAUGUGCUAUAAAGAUGAAGAAAGGUCUCAGGGGAUUGGGACGACAUGAGUGUUGAGAAUUUAAAACUGAAUUUCCAUUUUUGGGUGAACUAAUCAUUUAGAGCAGUGUUUCUCAACCAUGUUCUUGGAGUACCACCAACACUGCAUUUUUUAGAUGUCUCCUUUGCCUGUCACGCUCAUUCAAGGGCUCCGUCCGAAACCGCCUACUACACAGUAGGUACUGCAUUUGAAUUUAAACGUACUACUCGGCUGUUAGAAAAGUACAUUCUAUACAGUAUGAAUGUGAGGAGUAUGAAUGGAAUUCGGACGUACUACAUCUGCCAUUUUUUCAUGGUCACAUGACCUACCUGCGUCAGUUGCGUCACUUCACUCCCAUUCAUAAAUUCUCUCAUGGGGCAUCAUGAGAUAGCGCAGCAGGCAUGGAAUGCGCACUUCAGAAUCUCGCCGGAAGUAGUAAGUCAUCCGGGUACUUCUCGCAUACUGAUUUUCGAAUUCUAUGAAUUCGGACAUACUACUCAGCUCGCAUACUGAUUUUAGCGUACUGUAUAGUAUGGAAGUAUACGGUUUCGGAUGCAGCCAAGGUGUUUCAGUCUCUGCUAAUGAGCUGAUGAUCUGAAUCAGGUGUGUAUGGUUAACGAGACAAGGAAAAAGUGCAGAGCUGGUGGUCCUCGAGGAACGUGGUUGAGAAACACUACUUUAGAGGAUUGAAUAAGUCCCAUGUUCAUUGCAUAUUUUCAGAUUUUUGAAGUCCACUGGGUGUGGAGUUCCUGUACUUCAUUCAUCCUGGUUUCUGCCUUCUUAUUGGACUGAAUUGUUGGUACUGAGAUGUCACGAUGGCGUGUACUAAAAAUGUAUUUAUUCUGUUGUACUUUUUCCUUUUCUUUUUUGUAAAUUUGAAUAAAGACAGUAUGUUUUGA